AUGGCUACUCAAAUGUUCGACCUUAUCCCAGUACUUCAGGAUCUUAAAAUUUUAGGAGAUAAAUUCAAGACAUGGAUUGAAUGCAUGGACUGUGCUGGGCAGAAUAUUUAUGUUGGAACUACUGAUGGGUGUGUCCAUUACUAUAUGAUGGGCAUUAGCGGAGAUUCAAGUGGAUUUAGUUACCAAAGUCGAUUGCAACAGCAAAGAAUUAUUGGAGUUAUAACUAAUUAUAUAAGAGAGAAAAUAAAAGGAGUUACCUUGAUGUGUACGAAUGAAACGCCGAUGAGCAAAAAUCCUUCCUGUGUAGAGGUUUGCAUUGCACGAAAGAAAUCAAUUCAGAUGUACAUUGCUACUAGCGAUCGAAUUGUAUCUAGUACAGAAAUUUCUUUAUAUGAUCCUCCUUUGAGCAUGGCAAUGGAUGGUGAAUUUGUGUGUCUUGCAUCAUCAUUCCAAUACGUUUUGAUCAAUGUUAAUAAUGGAAAGACCCAAAAUUUAUUUCCAAUCGUUGUAGAAGAAACUCGACCAAUUGUAAAACGAAUCUCUCAGGGUGAAUUCUUUGUUAACGGACCCAGUGCGCUAGGCAUGUUCGUUACAACAACAGGCGAGUCUGCUAGGGCUCCGAUAUCACUUACCGAUAUGAUUCAGUCUGUUGCCUAUCAGCACCCAUACCUCGCUUUUCUAUCUCGGUCCAAGAUCGUUGUUUACAGUAUUUUUGAUCAAAAACAAAAACAAGUGGUAAAUUUUAAGCGUGGACUGUUUGUAUGUAGCUGUGAUAAAAAGAUAUUUGUGCCUACAACGAAAGAUAUUCACAUGCUUUGUCCAAUUCCAAUUCACCAGCAGAUAAAAGGAUUACUGAAAGAAGGUAAGAUGGAUGAAGCGAUUAAAUUAGCUGAUGCUGGAGUUCAUAUUCAUGAAUUAACUGCCCUUCAACACAAAAAGAUGAUUACCUAUAUACACAAAUUUGCUGGAUUUUCUCAUCUUCAAGCUUGCGAAUUUGAUAAAGCUAUUCAUGAAUUCGAUCAAGCUGAAGAUCUCGAUUUUCGACAUAUAAUUAGUUUGUAUCCGUCACUUCUCUUGGACAGUUGUCAGGUCUCUUUUCCAGAUGAUGUUAAUGAAUUUUAUCGAAAUAUACUAUUAGUUGUGAACGAUGAUACGAAUGAAUUGCAGAAUGCCAUGCAUGCUCUCCUCAAAUAUCUCGAGUUGGAUACUAGCUUAUUAAAGCUAUAUAUUGAACUCUGUCAAUUUGACGAACUAAUUGAAUUUUUAAGCUACGAUAACGAUUGUGACUUGAAUGAAAGCAUUGCAACGUUAGCUGAGAACGAGAGGUAUCAUGCUCUAGCAAUUUUAUACGGCAAUUAUGGUAGUAUCGCGGAAUCUCUGGAGUUAUUAAUAAAGCUUGCAAGCAAAGAAAUCGACGACUUUACAAAACCUAGUUUAAGAUACAUAGCCGAAGUUAUUAGUAGGACUACGGAUACUAGCUUGAUCUGGAAGUACACAACAUGGUUAUUGGAUCACGAUCAGAUAGCUGGCAUAGAGGUUUUCACUAAGUAUCACCUCAUGGAUGAAUCUGUAGAACUUCUGAAAGCAAGUUAUAUUUUAGACAAAGUAGAAAAAUAUCCUGUAGCACUGCGUCAAUUCCUAGAGUACUUAGUCUUUGAAUUUCAAAUUCAGAAGGAACAAUAUCAUACGAAGUUGGGCAUCAUUUAUAUAGAAUUAAUACUUUCUCUGAUGAAGAAUGCUCCUAAGAGCGACAGCAAUUUAGCGGAGGAGAGAGAUUCCUUACGAAAGUUACUAGAAGAAUCUUCACUAUUUCGUGCACAAUUACUCUUGUCUCGAAUACAAAAUACAGAUUUAUUUUCGGAACAAGCACUUCUAUAUGGACGAAUGGGACUCCAUGAUAAGGCUCUAGAUAUCAUUGUAAACAGACUACUAGACCACUCUGCCGCCAGGCAUUACUGUGCUACCUUUGCAAAGGGCAAAAAUUCAACAGAAAGAAAGAAAAUAUAUUUUUCGCUAUUAUCAGUAUACUUGACUUCUAGAAAUGUAGAUACAAAUAUUGUCCCUGCUUUGGAAUUGCUUAACGAUCAUGAGUCUAUUAUUGAUCCUAUACAGGCUUUACAGCUAAUACCUGAAGAUUGGUCUAUAGGUGCCAUAUGUAAAUUUUUGAAAUACUCGGUUCGUUCAAGCAUGAAUUCUGCAAGGAUGCUUAAAGUUGAGCGCGGAUUAUCAUAUGUAGAAAAUGUACAGACAAAGCAUGCUUACCGUAGUACCGUAAAUCUUACAGCUGUAAAGAUCACGGAUGAUAGAAUAUGUCAGGUAUGCAAUAGACCAAUUGGUGAGUCUAAAUUUGUGAGAUAUCCCAAUGGUGUUAUUGCGCAUUUAUCCUGUUCAAGAAGUAAAAAUAUUUGUCCCGUUACGGGAAAAAAUUUUUGUAAGGAGGAAAUGUGA